GGACAAGAAAAGAAUUUUCAGAGUGAUAAUGAAUGGAUUGUUGAAGACAUCAUACCUGAGGUGCUUACUUUGUAUGAUAGCAAGGAGGACUUUACGUAUCCCUCGGCUUUGUUCACGUUCCAAAUCCGACGCUUCUCUUUGAUCUACGUUGUUACAAUAAUAAUACCGUCCUUCGUGCUUACGUUUCUUUGUGUGCUUGGAAUGUUUUGGUCUAAGUUCGAUCAAUCCGAUUAUCUGGCAAAAAUUGGAUGUGGGCUUUCGGCUAUUCUUGCAAUGUGUACGGUUCUGGAAAUUGCCGAGCGAUCUAUACCUAAGACUAAAGAGUUGCCAUCCUUGGCAAUUUACAUCAUGGUGAAUUUGCUGUUAGUGACCCUUGCCAUAACAGUUGUUGUCAUCGCCUCUAAUCCCUGCCGCUCGCUGAGAUUCGACUUGUGUCGUUUAUCAAGGAGGUGGUUUUGUCGAAUUGAUCUCAAGUUGGAGGUGGAGUCUCGAGUCAUUUGUUUGUUAGUAUUCCCAAUAGCAGCAGUUCUCAAUCUACUGAUGUUGGUACCAAGAGAAUGA